AUGUCUCAGCACAAAUCGGCUAAAAAGAAAGUAGAAGGAAAUGAAGAUCCAGAGAAGAAACUCAUGAAAAAGUGCUCAUAUUGCGGUCGUGAUAUUACCAAUGAGGUUUAUGUUCGAUGUGCUAAAUGCAUUGGGUUCAUUGAAUGCUUAGAAUGCUUUUCAGUUGGCGCUGAAACAGCAUCUCAUUUUCAUACCCAUCCAUACAUUAUCAUAGAGCCAAUGCAUCAAGUUGUUUAUAGAAAAGGCUGGACUGCUGAAGAAGAAUUCCUUUUACUCCAUGGCAUACAAGUAUGUGGUCUUGGAAACUGGCAUGAAAUAGAGAAUAUUGUUCAAACAAAGAAUGCUAUCGAAUGCGAAACUCACUAUUUUGGAACAUAUUUACAGUCUCCUAUAGCUCCAAUGCCAUUAGAUGAAGUACUUCCAGAAGCAGUCCUUCCACCACCUCCUGAAUAUGAUACAAGUCCUCGUGAUUCAAGACCUUCAAUUUCUCACGAUAAAAAUUUAGCAGAUCGCGGCAAAAAGGAUAGAACAACACCAGCAGAAUUUGCUGGCUGGAUGCCAAGAAGAAAUGAAUUCGAAGUGGAAUACCAAAAUGAAGCAGAACAGUUAAUUGCAAAUAUUACCUUUACAGAAAAUGAUACAGCACAGAGUUUAGAACAGAAUCUAAGAUUCUUACGUGUUUACAACGAAAUUCUCGAAGAAAGACAUAACAGAACUCAAUUUGCUAUCGAAUGGGACUUAUUUGAUGAAGAUUUCCGCUCAUUCGGUGGUAAAACAAAGAGCGAGCGCGAGAUGGAAGAAGCUCUCAUGCCAUUGGCCCAAGUUGUCCCAAGAAAACCACUUACAGAAUUUAUUCAGUCCGUAGAACGCGAAAGUCAACUUCGUGAGAGUAUCCUUACACUCAUCAAGUGGCGUAAGAACGGUAUUGCCACACGCGAUGAAGGUUUGAUGUUCAAUGAGCUCGAGAAAUUGAUGAAUGAAGAAAAACUAACGCCAGCUCAAGUUGAAGCAUGGAAUAAGAAACAGAUGAUGAAGACAGAGUCGCCUGAGUUCAGAGCUACAUUAAUUAGGCAGCUCCUCGACACUUCCGAAAAUAAUCUUUGCCAUCAACUCUCAAUUUCACCGAAUAUGUACUUGAACCUCAAAGAUCUGCUUAUCAGAGAAUUCACUGCACGCGGAGAGAUAACAGAAGAGCUCGCAGUUUCAUUUUCUCCGGGUCAAGAAGAAUAUAUGAGAAAAGUUUACGAACAUAUCAAGGCGAAAGGUUUGUUUUGGAAUCCUGCAGAGAAGUCUAAGCCAAAACAAGAACAAAAGAAACAUAACGAGUGA